AUGUCUGGAUACGACCGUGACGUCGUUGUUGACUGUCUCAAGAGGCACUAUGAGCUGCUGGUGCGCAUGGGUUACAUGGAGCCCGAGGCCGUCGAGCUCCCGCCCGCCGGCGGCUGGAGCGACGCCGAGCUUCGCGUCGAUGCUCUCCGGGCCAUGGGCCGGUCCGAGGCCGUCAUCGACUUGCUGCGGCACAUCCCAUACGUCCACGAGAACGACGACGCCGACCCCGUCGAGAUCUACACCGAGACCUUCCCGCUCCGGUACCUGCGCAGCGGGCGGUGGUUCGGCGGCAACCCUGGCGAGGACUUUGCCACCACGCCCCUCCUCGACCUCGGUUUCGCCCCGUUCGACGGGCCCGUGCCGGCCGACAUGGUGUCGUUGACGCACGCCGACGAAGGCACCUGGUGGCUGGUCGACACCAAGGAAGGAUGCAUCUAUCCGUACGGCACUGAGUUCGACAAGAACGCAGACGAGGUCCCCCACGACCAGCAGUGGCGCGCGGUCGACCCGGUGCCCAUUCAGGCUUACUUUGACAAGAUCCAUGCCCAGGUCGGCAACUUGGAGGUGGUGCCGGCGCCCCGCUCGGGCAAGUGGGAGGCCAGAGUCGUGGAGGAGUACACCGAGGAGGGCCAGUUUGCGUUGUUUCUGCCCUCCAACAAGAUUUCCCGGCUGUCUGUGUAUGCCGCGACUUUCAACGGCACUAAGCUGGCCACCAGGUACGGCAAGACCUGCGUCCAAGACCCGAUCUUUGCCGACGUCGACACCCAGGACGAGGCCUGCCUUAACUUCAACGUCUUCCGCACGCGGGGUAUCCCGCUGAGCCAGAAGACGCCCGUCCUGGUCUGGAUACACGGCGGCGCCUUCUACGCCGGCAGCUACCGCAGCUUCGAUGCCGCAGCUUCGAUGCCGCAGCUUCGAUGCCGCCUCUUUCGCCUCAUCGUCCAAGGAGCCAAUCACCGUGUGCUUCAGGCGAAGCCCAAUGAGGACGGAGUCAAAAGUCAUGACUGGAAGGGAAUGAACUAG